AUGGCAACCAUCCUCUGCAUGUACAAGAUCCCACAGCUCACAUAUGGUUCAGAUCUACUGAUGGAGGAAAAAACCCAAGGAGUCUUUUUCCAUCAGAUGUUCCCAACUGUGGCACUCCAGUAUGAGGACCAAGAGGGGAGAACAAUCUGCACCGGGGAAGAGAAAUUAGUCUCUCUUCCUGUAUCUGUUUUUGAAACAAGCCUGACCGCUCACAGCUACAGCAUUUAUAAUGCUGUUCAUGCUAUAGCUCAUGCUCUGCACGAUAUGCAUUCAACCAAAUCCGUGUACAGAUCAAGAACAAAGAGAGAAGGAUGGAAACUUCUGCACCUGUCUCUGUGGCAGAGAAUUAAAGUCGGCAAAAUAGAACCCAUGGCUCUCCCCAAGGAAGGCUUCACCAUUCAUGCAGAAGAAAUUCAAUGGCCUAGCCAAUUCAACCAGACAAAGCCUCUUUCACUAUGUAAUGAUGCAUGCCCAAUGGGGACUAGUAAGGCAAAGAAGGAAGGGAAGCCAUUUUGUUGCUAUGAUUGCUUUCCAUGUCCAGAAGGGAAAAUUGCAGAUCAAAAAGAUAUGGAUGUCUGCAGUCAAUGUCCAAAUGAUCAUUAUCCAAACCUUACCCAGGAUUCAUGCAUUCCAAAGAAGAAAACCUACUUGUCCUAUGGAGAACCUUUGGGCAGCACUUUGGCCAGUUUUGCUCUUUGUGCUACUUGUCUCUCUGCUUUCAUACUGGGAAUCUUUGUUAAAUACCAUGAUACUCCCAUUGUCAAAGCCAACAACCGGAACCUGACCUAUGCUCUUCUUGUUUCACUCUUCUUCUGCUUCCUCUGUGCUCUCCUCUUCAUUGGCCACCCAAAGAAGAUGACUUGCUUCAUUCGACAAACUGCAUUUGGCAUGAUCUUCUCGACAGCAGUUUCUUGCAUCUUGGCCAAAACCAUUGUGGUGGUUCUAGCAUUUACUGCUAUCAAGCCAGGGUUCAGGAUGAAGAAAUGGAUGGGCCAAGUAUUGGCCAACUCCAUCAUUCUUUCCUCCUCACUGAUUCAAGUCAUCAUUUGUACUGUGUGGCUGGUCGUUUCCCCCCCAUUUCCAGAUGUUGAUAUGCAUUCAAUGCCAGCAGAAAUUAUUGAAGAAUGUAAUGAAGGUUCAGCUUCCAUGUUUUACUGUGUCUUGGGCUUUAUGGGUUUCCUGGCCAUUGUCAGCUUUGUAGUGGCUUUUCUGGCCAGGAGAUUGCCUGACACAUUUAAUGAAGCCAAGUUUAUUACCUUCAGCAUGUUACUGUUUUGCAGUGUUUGGAUGUCUUUUGUUCCAACUUACCUAAGUACCAAAGGGAAGUACAUGGUGGCUGUGGAGAUCUUCUCUAUUUUGACCUCCAGUUUUGGGAUACUGAGCUGCAUCUUUUUCCCCAAAUGCUACAUCAUUUUGCUGAAACCAAAUCUUAACACGAGGGAACAGCUAACAAGAAAAAAAUAAACUGUGACCAAUGAACCUGAAAUACUGUAAAUUUAUUCUCAAAAACACUGCAGGAAAAAGGGUGCUUGUGAAGAUUUCACAUUGAUGGAUAGGUUUCUCUGAUUUUAACCCAUAUAUGUGAGCUAUUUCACACACUG